AUGGACGCCACUAUUUCCGAACCUCAGGACGACGCGUACCACGAAUUACGAACAUCACGUGGACGUGCAUUUUCAUCCAGUCCUCUUGCUCCUUCUUCACUUGAUCAUUGUAUGGGACUGUAUGAAAAUGGUGAUUCCAACACAAUUGGUCAAAAGACGACAUCUGAAGAAUCCAUGGAGUAUCGAAUUGUAGCGUUACCAGCACUUGAACGACAAGAUCGACAUGAAAAGAAAGAUGAUGAUUGUUCACUUGAUUUUUGUUCAAAUGUCGUGAUUACGUCAAAAUAUACGACGUGGAAUUUCCUGCCGCUGUUUAUGCUCGAAAGUUUUCGCAAAUUAGCGAAUGCGUAUUUUCUACUUGUGUCGAUUUUACAAUGUAUUCGACAUAUUAGUAAUACGAAUGGUGUUCCGACGAAUUUACCCGUUUUGAUGUUUAUUUUAACGGUGGAUGGCGUACUUGCUGUGAUUGAAGAUCGAAGACGUCACGUUGCAGAUAAAGAAGCGAAUUCUGCUCAAUGUCAAGUACUUAAAGACACAUUUACAGGUUCAAGAGAUGCACUUGAUCGUGCGGGCGAUGUGGAGGAUGCAGACAUUGCUCUAAUGCAUUGGGCUUCUCUUACUGUCGGGUCAGUGGUGAAACUCCGGAAUCGAGAAACAGCUCCGGCUGAUUUAUUGAUUUUAGCUGUUGCUGAGCCGAAUCCAAAUGAACCGGCGGGGAUUUGCUACGUGGAAACAAAGAGUCUCGAUGGUGAGACGAAUCUAAAGCUGCGUCACGCCUGUGAUGCCACAAUGCACGUACAAACGGCAGCACAAGUCGCUGCUUUGUCUGGACAGCUACGAUGUGAGAACCCCAACAAGGUCAUUGGUCGCUUUGACGGCACGUUGUCUGUCACGGAUGAAACAAAGACAGCGGAGACUCAUCCGCAGCCGAUUGCUAUCAAGAACGUGCUACUUCGUGGUUGCCAACUGCGUAACACGGACUGGAUUUACGGCCUUGUGGUGAACACGGGACCGGACACAAAGAUCAUGCAGAGUGCAACAGCCACGCGGCCAAAGUGGAGCUCCAUUAAUGAGACGGUGAAUAAGAUGAUUAUUUGGCUGUUUCUGCUGCUGUGUUUCUUUUGCAUUGUCGCCACGACUGUGCAAAUAAUUUGGCUUUAUGAUAACAUUGAGGAGAGCUGGUAUCUGAACUGGUCACCUACCAUGACGAGUCAGUGGUUUGCUGGAUUUGGCUAUUACUUCUUGCUGAUGUACCAGAUGAUUCCUGUGUCGCUAUACGUGACCAUCUCGAUGGUCAUGUUUAUCCAGGCUAUUUUCAUGACGUGGGAUCUAGAUAUGUACUACGAAGAGGCGGACGUGCGCAUGAUUGUGCGCUCCAUGGGAUUGAACGAGGAAUUGGGUCAGAUCUCUUAUGUAUUUAGUGACAAGACCGGCACACUGACAUGCAACAUUAUGGAGUUCCGCAAAUGCUCAAUUAAUGGCGUGUCGUACGGGACAGGUAUGACGGAAAUUGGCCGUGCUGCGCUACGUCGAAAAGGGGUUGCUGUACCAGCGGAUAUGGAACCAUGCCCAGCUACGGGCGAUGCAAAGAUCCCAUACGUCAACUUUGAGGAUGUGCGUUUGUUAAACGCGCUUGAGCGACCUAAUGCUGACGACACACCAAAUCGUGAAGCUGAGUUUUUCUUGCACUUGAGUUUAUGCCAAACUGUCAUUCCUGAGGCUGUGGAGGGUAGCUCUGAAGUGCGUUUUUCGGCCUCGUCACCUGAUGAACAGGCGCUGGUGUCAGGUGCAAAGUUUUUCGGCUUUACUUUUGAAUCCCGGGGUCUGGGCGUUGCUCGUGUGAGGGUAAAGCGUCCCGAGCUUAUUCGUCGCUACGCGAAAGAUGCUACCGGCCCGAAUGCUUUGCUAGAAUUCAAAAUCUUGGACGUGUUGGAAUUUACUAGUGACCGUAAGCGAAUGUCGGUUGUGGCGCAAUAUCCCAAUGGAGAGUACUGGGUGCUCACGAAGGGUGCUGAUAACGUAAUUUAUCCUUUGCUGGCUAAGAGUAAGAGUAACCCUGAACUUCUGAAGGAGACGAUGCGUCAUUUAGAGACGUUUGGCGAUGAUGGUCUGCGUACGCUUACAAUUGCGCAGCGACGUGUGGACGAAAAAGAGUACUUGGACUGGAGCGCACGCUUUAAGCAGGCAAACUCUUCCUUGGAAGAAAUUGACAAGCGCAAGAAUGGCCAGCCCAACGAAAUCGAUAAGCUUAUGACGGAGAUUGAGCACGACCUGGAACUGCUGGGCGCUACGGCAAUCGAGGACAAGCUGCAAAAUAAUGUACCCAGUUGUAUCGCGAACCUCAUGCGUGCAGGCAUGCGAAUCUGGAUGCUUACGGGCGACAAGCAGGAGACCGCCAUUAACAUUUCGUAUGCGUGUCAGCUCAUGGAUAAUGACAUGCAGCAAUUUGUCUUCAAUUGCGAUAUGUACCCGACGAAGGAGGCCAUCUUAACUCAAUUAUUAGACGCAAACGCACAGGUCCAACGAGGCAGCAAUCGUCAUGCCCUGACAAUCGACGGUGAGUGCUUGGAAUUGACAUUGGCAGACGACCGGUGUCAAAAAGAGUUCCUGUCGCUGGCCGUGGCUUGUGAGGCUGUGGUGUGUUGCCGUGUGUCACCUAGCCAGAAGGCUGAGGUGGUGACUCUCGUACGCACUACUAAUAAGAAGAUGCGAACGCUAGCGAUUGGUGACGGUGCCAAUGAUGUGGCCAUGAUUCAGCGUGCACAUGUUGGCGUUGGUAUCUCAGGUCAAGAGGGUAUGCAAGCUGUGAAUUCAAGUGACUAUGCAAUUGGCCAGUUUUAUUUCCUGGAAAAGUUGUUGCUGCACCAUGGCCGCUUGAAUUACAAGCGCAUGGCCAUUCUAAGCGGGUAUAUGUUCUACAAGAAUAUUGUGAUGGUGCUGGCGCAGUACUUUUACAUGUUUUGCACGGGCUCCUCUGCUCAGAAGUUCUAUGGUGAGUUGGCAUUCCAGCUGUACAACAUUUGCUACACUUCGCUGCCUAUUAUUGUGCUUGGUGUUUUUGACUACGACGUGCCUUUUGAAGUGAGCAAACGCUUUCCCGAGUUGUACCUGGUUGGUCCGCGCAUGGAGCUUUUCAACAACUACACCUUUUUCAAGUGGAUUUGCAGUGCUGUCUACGAGUCAACCGUCAUCUUUGUGUUUGUUAUUUACGCUUAUAACGAGAACCUUUCUAAUGCGGGCAGUGCGUCGAUGGUGCAGUAUGGAUUGCUCGCGUUCACGAUGGUGGUUUUGGUGGCCAACAUCAAGCUGUCUAUGAUACAAAUGUCGUGGAGCACUUAUGGUUGUGCUUUGUGGUUUGUUGGCGUUAUCUCGUUCCUUCCGCUGACCCCUAUUAUUUCAAGCUACUGGAUUUCCCUGUUCUCAACGGAAUACGGUAGCUUUCAAAACACGCUGACGCAUGAGACAUAUUGGUUGGUGAUUCCAGUCUGUCUGGUUGUUUCGCUGCUCCGUCAUUUUAGUUGGACCGCUAUCUGCCGCCGAUUUUAUCCGCUUCCGUGGCAGAUUGUCCAGGAACAGUACGUCUUGCAAAAGGGCAGGCACCCUACGCAGAGUCGCUUAAUGUCUCGUAUCGACAUUGAAGCUGCUGGCAUCCCUAUGGUGAACGGUUUGUCGCAGGACAAUGGAGGCGCUUACAUCAAUUCGUCGUCUCCUAGGCGUGGUUACAACGCGGAAUUACAGGACCAGGCUCAGCUCAGUGGUAAAACGCGUGGAUCUGGCAGUGGCUUCGCAUUCAGCUACGAUCCGCAGACGUCUUUGGCUGAGUCGUACAUGUCAACACACGAUGUGCGUCAGUCAGCCUCAGCGAUGAGUGACGCAGAACAACGUGGCAGGAGAUCUCGAGAAGAUUCGCGAUCAUCCGAUUACGACUCCUCGCGCUCAACUGGUGUCGUGGAUUCGACAAAGGGAUCGUCCUCUACAGGACUGUUUGUCUAG